CCGUCGAGCUUGAUAAAUAUUAAAUUGGCAGCAACGCUUCCUGUGAUUGUGACGAAAGUUCGUCUGCUCGUUCUGUCUCGUCAGCCGUGACAAAUCGGCGUGUCACUGUCACGUAACUGUUGUUAUUAGUCAUUACCAUUACCAUUAGGCCAACGACUACGACGGCGAGGCUGCUAUCUUAUCAAAGUGUUGAAUAAAAAUUUUAGUCACUGAACUGUUUGAUUGUAGUGAGUAAUUACUAAUGAGGAAUUGGAAAAUAAAUCCAUUAACGAAAAAGUUACAUCGUAUUAUCUGUGACUUGCCUGUGUUAUCUACAUGCCCCGUCCCCUCACACGUGGUUGAAUCAAAGCAGUCAAGUCAGGAAGUGCUAAAAAAAAGUCCAUAGGAUUCCCAGAUCUCAUUGGUGCACAAAACGAGGCAGUGAUUGUUGCACCUACAUUGAAUAUUCACCCUCUCUGUGCUGAAAAAAUAGUGCCACGAGAAGAUUUUGAUCUAGGUGUAUUGUUAUCAGGCCAAAACAUUACCAUAUCACACCGUUUAUCUCAAAUAUAACAGCGACAAAUAUUAACUUUCAUGUACAUUUCACUACCGAAAGCCAUCUCUGCUUGUGAAAAAUCCAGUGCUGGUGAAGAUCAAAUACCUUAAAAAGUGAACUUCAGCUAUACCUACCUAUGUGAAUACCAGCCAUACCAGAUGCUAUAUUUUCCCUGAAGGCCUGAAAUAACAAGAACACAAAAACAAAUCUCUUCUAUAUAAAAAUUUUUGCUAGUGAGAGAAGAAGGCUGACAGGUAGCCCAGUUUUUGCCUGCCGGUUUGACGGGUUGUCCAUCAGUGUGAUUCUUCCACCGGUCAGUGCCAAUUGAAACAAAAUGUCGCCAAUCAUAAAUACGAUCGCUGUGGUUCCAGAUGUAAUAUAAACAGCAUCCCGUUUGGAAUGGAGAAACUUUGGAUGUCGGUCGAGUUACGGAUUUCUUUCCUCCCAUUCUUUUCAAAAUGUCCUCGUGUACGCCCAUGUGAAUGUGGGUGUAUUCACGAGGACAUCCUUUAUACCCUAUCCUGUCUGGUGUAAUUUAAUUCUUCAGCGGAUGGAUGGAUCAACUGUAGAUGCCUGGAUGCAUUUCCCAGGCGCCAAGAACGACUACAACAUUAAAAGAAUGAUCCCCGUUUUGUGGAUGGCUUUAGAAGAUGGAUCCGAGGUUGAUCAGAAGUCUAGCGACUUCCAAUGUAGCACUUAUGGUGAAAAACUGAAUCUCCUUCAGACUGUGUAUUCUCAAAACAAUCAAACGAAAAACAACCCGAUCACCCACUAGCCUACCGUACGUGCCGCUCUCAGUGCGUCGUUCAGAUCAACCGCUCCGACCUUUGUUCUGAUAAAGUCCGUGAAGAUGUCGUCAAUUCUCAGCUCACAUUCUGGAUAUACUUGCUGCUUCGUUCCGUCUUUGAAGUGUUCGUCAUAGGAUCUUACACUUUAUUCAAUGGAGCCGCUUUGGUUUUAGUCAACGAAGUCCGUGGUGACUUUGGAUUCCAGAAAAUGUUUGGAUUCAUCGGGUACGCAAUAUUUUCACCAAUAUCCGGAGCCCUGAUGGACCAUUUAAGUACAAAUGAAAAUGAAACAAAUUUCCGGCCGGCGUUCUUUCUAUUUGCUGGUUUAUUUGGUAUUGCAGCUUUUGGAAUGUUAACGAUUGACCUCAAUUUUAAACCUCCAGCGGAAAAGCUGAUGAAAAAUGUGAUAUCUCUGCUGAAAAACAUCGAGCUGGAUGUUCUACUUGCCGUUUGCGUAGCCUCAGGAUUCUUGGUGGGGUGCACGGGAAAUUACUUGUUCUUAUUUUUGGAAGAAAUUGGUGGGACCAGGUCAUUAAUGGGGCUGUCGGUCACUAUCUCUUGUUUAACAGCGAUUCCAUUGCUUCUGUUAUCGGAUACCAUUUUUCGUAAAUUUAGUAUUCCCAACGUUCUCGUCUUUAGCCUUUUUACCUUCGUCAUACGUCUAAUAGGAUAUUCGUACAUCACCGACCCGAACUUGUGUCUCGUAUACGAGUCUAUUGAAGCCAAUAAUGGUGCUCUGUCCCUGACAUCUUUUAUGAUCUAUGCCACCCAACUGGGGACGACGUCCACUGCGACUUCCAUUCAAGGAUUGAUUUCAGCGACCUACUUCGGACUAGGGGCUGGAAUCGGAAGCUCGGUCGGCGGAGUCCUGAUCGGAGCGUUCGGCAAGCGAGUGGUUUUCCGCAUUUUGGGAGUCAUCGCUUUCCUCACUGGAUUCCUCUACUUCCUUUUUAAUAUUUUUUACUUGCGUCCAAAGGCCAAUGAAAAAAUAACACUACCGUUGACAAGACUGAUUCAAGUGUAAACGUGAAGGUCGAAGAAAUUCAGUGACAUUCAACGUCCGUUAGUCUUUUUAUAGCAAACAGCAUCUAAGCAAACUUCUCUCCUAUAAGCCAUUAAAUUGGUCGUUAAUUGACUAACUUUUUGACUAAACAUUUUUUAGCUCAUUUACAGAUUGAAGCCUAUGAAAUAUUUAGAAUUUUAAAGACUAAAAGAAUUUCAGUUAUUGUCAUAAUAAUUUGAUAAAUCAAUAUAUAAGAAGUGUCAGUAUAUUUAUUUUUUGUUUACCCUUUUGACCAAGUGGGUAACAUCGCGUCGCUUCCAUCUUCUAGAAUCCAGUAGUUUUCGGGACUUCCCUGAAUCGGACCAAUCUUCAAUUAGGUAAUAAACAUACCAUUUGCUUCAUUUCAUUAUGUUAUCCGUUUAUCUAAUUCGAGGAACAAGGACAAAAAAUGGGUUACAAAAGCUAUCGGCAGCAGCAGAGCACCCAGACACGUUUGAAUCCAAUUUCCAUUCCUGCAUUGGUUUAAUUUAGUUUUAAAAAGUAGAUUUUACGAAUUUUAAAUUAAUGAGAAUCCGAGCUUAAAACGAUUUCUUGAAAAUUCACACCGUUUCGAAUCGUCGGUUAAGAAUUUAAUCUGGUAUGCGCUUGGGCUUGGCACAUACGACCAACACGAGUUGGCUCCAUUAGGAUAAGCCUUUUUGUUAUUUAAGAUUUUUAUUCAGUUACCACUUUAUUUUAGACAACAAUGAUCGACACCCUUGCAUUGCCACAAAUGGAGACGUCCGCCGCUGUCUUAGUUCAAGUUCAUUUCAUAGACGGUUUAUGAGCUUACGAAUUUUUUGUAAAAGCGAGUCAAUUGAAAAGUGCCUCGAAGAACAAAUGUGGGAGGGUAAAGCAAAAGUCAUUGCGUGCCGACAAUCGAUUAGUGAAUGCGUUUUUAAAGAGCGCGCGUAAUGAUCUCGCAAUGGCAACAGUUCGCUGUUUAGAAUAGAAUGCGUCAUUCCCAAAGUCAAUCGUCAUGACCUAUGAAUAAUCGAACAAUAGGAAAAUGGAAAGGAAGAAAAUAUAAUGUGCUAUAUGGACUUUGGCAAUUCCAUUAUGACUUUUCAGUUGAAUGAAAUUGUACGAGAAUAAGGAAGUAUAGCCUACGUCAGCAGCGUUUCCUAUUAGCUACCGCAUUUAUGUAAAGAAACGACAAGAUUAAAAUUCAAUUUUAUUUUCUAAAAAAGUAAGUUUUCUAGAGACAAAAUUGAAUGUUAUUAAAUUUUUUCUUAUUAAUGCAAUGCGAAAUAAAGUAACUUUUUAUGAAACCUUGACAAAAAGAUGGUACUUAAAAUUGAAGAAUUAAAGCAUGAAUUGUUAAUUGCCCUUUCGGCUCCGUGAACAAAAUCAGCUACCAGUAUUUUUCUGAACCUAACCUAACCUUAAUUUUGUCGGCCAUAAACGGUUUUCCCGAAAUGUUUUUCAUAGAAAACAUUGUUUGCCUUUUAUUUUGAAAUUUCCGUGUACGAUUAAUAAAAAUGACAAUCUAAAUGUUGCUAAUGCUAAGUAAUAAAAACACAAUCAAAUGGUGGUUUUAGUUUAAGAUAUUUUAUUGAGACAUAUUAAUUCAAAUCAGCAGGCACACUCAUUUUCACACACACAUUCAUCCAAUUCAGACUCCAUUCAUUCACACGAAGAGGAAGCGAAAGAAGAGAAGAAAAUGGCGAGAAAAAAGGGGAAAAGGAAAAAAGAAAAGCAAUCAGAUGAGAGUCUAGAGGGAGAAAUCACUUGGGUGGAAACUGUUGUUGAAUAGCAGGAAGGUCGGUUAAAUUUGCAAUUAGAAAUUUUGGCAGGUGCACGUUGUUCUUAUCGACAUUCCCUUCGUGGAUUUGUGGUAG